UGGUUUAAAUGUCAAAAGGGUUACAAUGUUAAUAUUUAUACGCAUUUUCCUGUAGUCUCCUGAUUACUAGGGGGCGCUGUUGUGCACGCGUACGUGCGUGUACUGACACACGAAGAGGAUUGAACUGCGCGCGGGCUACCGAGAUGACAGAAAGUGGAGUUUCACAGGGAUCUGAAUCCCUUCAGCUUUACGAAGCGCAGUUCUUCGGCUUCACUCCCGAGACCUGCACUUUACGAGUCUAUAAUGCUUUUCGGGACUCCCUCAACCACAUACUGGUCGCUGUUGAGUCCGUGUUCGUUAAAAGGUUGAGUCCAGGACAGGAGCCUUCGGCAGAGCUCCGACUGACAGCUCGAGAGAGCACCCAGAAACUGCGCCGGUUCCUCCAGGAGCGCUUUGAAGUUAUGUUUCAGCGCAUGAAAGGGAUGCUGAUGGAGCGCGUUCUCAACAUUCCUCCCAAUGUCCUACUUCCCGAUGACCAGCUUCACCAGAAAUAUCCUGAAGGCAAAGAAGACAUCAUGAAGCUGCAGAGCUCCAUCGCAAAACUGCAGCAGGCUUAUGAAGCAGACGUUUGCGCCAAGCAAGCGCUUCUCGCUGAGCUUGAGGAGCAGAAGGAGACGCAAAAACAACUGGAUGAGGUCCUGAGAUGGAUAGAGGAGCUGCGUGUCUCGUGGAGACGGGAGGGCAUGGGAAGUGUCCAAGACAGCGUCCGGUACAUGAUGGAGACUGUGGGCCAACUCCAGGAUGUUAUGGGAAAGAUAAGCAAGCAGAGUAAGGAACUGGAUGAAGUUUGAUGGUUUACACAAUGCAAGUGGUUAGAAAUAGGGUGUCUUGACAUGAUUUAUCCACUAGGGGGAGGUGGCACACAAGCAAAUCAUGCGAAGACUAGUACAAUUGUACAGUAUUAUCAUACAGAUGGCGUGGCCAGUCCAGCUUCAAAGCAAUACAUUUGUAAUCGGGGGAUUUUCCUUGGUUGUUUAAUAUGAGGUCUAUCUCUCCCAUUUUCAGUCACUGGGUUUUCCCAUUUACAAUUUGAUUCCUUUGAUGUUCAGUACAGUCAGGUCUGCAUUAGAUUAGUCAAAAUUUUACACAGGCCCAAACUGAUGUCUUUUCAACCUGCCUGUCUUUACACUUUAACAUCACGUUUUUGAAAAGUCCCUCUCUUGAUGAGUUUUAGGAUAAAAAUGUCAAGUUCACAUUGGGAUGUACAGUGCAUCGUUCCCCUGUACUGGAGGGUUUAAAGUCUGUGUCUUUAAAUACGCUAUUUAAGGAUUUUAAGUGUCAGUUCAAAAGUAGAAAUUAAAGGAAUGGGUUCACAUACUUUUAACCAUAACUGUAAAUAACAAUAAAACGAUUUUGUGUUUGUA